AUGGCAAGACCGCAGCCGAGAACGUUCAACGAUUGGGCGGAGCAAAUGAGCUCCAGCGGACGCAUGUACUAUUACAACAAAAAGACAGAGGUUUCUCAGUUUUAUAUGGAAAAAGUGCGAGAAAAGCAGACUUGCAGAUAUCUCAAUGGGAUAAACCGCACGAAUGGCGGGAGCACGAGGAGCGGGAAAUGCGGGAACGGGGUCUCGUGAUCGGCAUCGAAAUGCCGAUGCACCCGCAGCAAAUGGGUCAGAUGCAGUUGACUCCGGGCUCGGCGGAACGCAUGAGAAUGCCCGGAUCGGGUCCGAAUUCCGGCGAGAGGGAUCCGAGCAAGACGCCCGGAAUGGAGCCGCCGCCGCGAUUCGUAAGUGCCAAAAAUUGCCGAGUCUAAACGUCUGAAAAGUAAUCGAAUGAUUGCAAGUGGGUCAGAAGUACAUGUUUCCUUCGAAUCAUCAGAAAUUGGCAAUUUAUCUUCGACCUUUGCCCAUCGCUCGCAUUCAUGGCAAUGUCCUCUCCGAUUCACGCGCUCUCUCGUCGAUCGCCGAUGAUUGCGUCAAAAUGGGAAACGCAGAAACGAUGAGAACAUUCGCCAACUAUUAUUAUUAUUAUCAUUAUUAUUAUUCUCAUCGCUUCACCCCUCGCGUCCACAAUUUUUACAAUGGAUGACUGAAACCCGCAAUGUCCUCCUCGAGCACACCACCGUCAUCGGAAUUAUUCGAUUUCCUGACAAGUUCGAUCAGAGCCACGCAAAGUUUUGGCAGUUCAGAGGUGAUUUUAAGUAUCGGAAAGGGAACCGAUUCAAAAAGGGGCGUUGAGCCGAGUGGUUACCGAGAAAUUCCGGAGCCAAUUGGAUUAUUAGUGGUCUUUUCGGUUUUCGAGCGUAAUUGAGUUAGUCCGAGACGUUUGUAUGUGUGUGUGUGUAUUAGUUUGGCGACAUUUUUUAUGUACAACAUGAUCUGCCCAAAAAUAGGAUUCUUGUGAAGACUUGGUCAUCACAAUUUGACAAAUUUGACUUGAAAUUGUUUGUUGGCAAAUCUGGCAAAUUAUCCCCACAUGAAGUGCUUGAAACGAAAAAAGAAGAGCAACAUGGACAUAAAAAACGGGGGACAGCUGGUGGCGUAAUGCGUCCUUCCUUUCGGCUUCUUCUUCUUCUUCUCCACCUCCCGGGGACCGGUGCCCCUCUUCCUCUCUCUUUCUCUCUGUGUUCCCACUCUCUCUCUCUCUCUCUCCUCCUGGCGCCAUCUGUACUUCACUUGGCCGCCCGCCCGCCACGCGCGCCGUUCUCUUCCAUCUUACAUUCCAUUUCGUGCGCAACCUUCCUCCUCUUCUUCUCUGCGCACUCGUUUUCGUUGUUCUCUAUCUUUUGUGGGCACGGCAAAACGACGACGUCGUCAUGAACAUUCCAGUCGUCGAUUUGACCCGCCGCCACGUCAUCAUCGAAGCCUGAAAAUGGUUUUAAAGCAGUUUCCCAUGUGUGCAAAACCUUGUUAUACAAAUGUGAUAAGCGUGAUAAGCCUGCACAAAUCCGACCAAUUUUUGUUAUUUUCUAAACAAAAUGCUAGAUUCUGAUGUCUAGAAUUCCACAUACGAUAUAUCAACCACUACCCAGUUCCAGGCGCCUCCGACGCUGGCGCAACAAGCGCAACAACUGGUUGCGGUACCCGGAAUGCCGCAGUUCAUGGCUCACCAAUACCAUCUACAGUACCCGCCGGGCGUCGUGCCGGGACCUCCCAGCCAUCCGCCGCCCGGACACUACUUCACUCAGCCGCCGCCUCCGCCCGGACAUCAGUACCAUCCGUACCAUCAUCCGGGACAGACUAGUGGACCGACGACUCCCGUCGGACCGCCGAGGGGACCACCACCGCCUGGGUAAGGUGAAAAAGUGUCGGUCUUUGGGACUAUCAGGACAUUUCAAACUAAAUGCGAAAGUAAUUUUGAAGUGUGCCUGGCAGAGUUCAUAUCGAUUCAAACCUUUUUGAAUGUAACCUACAAUCCUAGCGCUUCAUUUGUCCUACUUUACAUCGUUUUACAUCGCUGCUUCGUAAAGUUACUCAAGCACAGUAAUCUUAUACAAAAACAGUUGUAAAGAAGGAAAAAUGAAGCUCUAGGUUUGUCGGCUACAUCUCAAUUUUCCUAGAAUCCAUAUGACGCUACCUAAUCCUGCUAUAAAUCCUCCAAACUUGACGCCUUUUUCGGCUGAACGUGUGUCGCCUCACUCUCUCGUAAAGUUUUUACAGAAUGCAGAUUCCGAAUAUGUCCCAGUACCCGCCCGGAAUGCUCCCUUUGCCGCAAAUACCUCCUCCGCCACCGCCGUCGCAGCCACGUCAUCUGGGCGGCAGCGGAAUUCCGCCGCCGCCACCGCCAAUGCAGGUCAGUUGAGAAGAAUGAGCUAGCCAAACACUUGAAAAUUAAUGAAAUCAAAGAAGUUCAAAAGUUGAAGACACUUUCAUAAACUUCACAUUUUCAGCAGCGUGCUCGAACGCCCGGCGCGCCGCCAAUUUUCGCGUCUCCGUCGCCGCGCGAGCUCUUCCCGACCGCAUCCGCAUCGUCAACUGCCGUUUCCGCUCAACCGCCACCACCUCCGCCGCCGCCAAUCGAACACAAAUCGUAAGCAUCAGCCGUGCCAAUGCUCUCUAACCAUCGUGUGAAGCCGUUACAGUAGUGCGGGAAGUGUGCAGUCGCCGCCGCGAACGCCCAGCGAUCGAGGAUCGACGAGUGGACGGCAAGAGUCGCAGUACAAGAGGGAAGUGGCCGCGAUGCAGAGAGAGCAACGGAGUGGAAGUAUCAGCGGAAAGAGGUAGAUAAGUAGGAAAUGUGGGAGCAUUUUAGUUUUAGUUUUUACGGUGGUACAAGGAAUAAGAACUGCGUUCCCCGACGUUUCGCAACUCGACGUUUCGAUACCCACGUGAACUUUGACAGUGCAAUUUAUCGCAAAGUAGUUCACGUUUGUUGCAAAACGUCGCGGAGCCAAGAACUGCUACGAAUGAUAAUAAACUUGUAGAGACGCGGUUACAAGUGAGAACUUCUAUAAAUGAGAAUUGUUUUGAAUGAGAACUGGUGGAAUCAUCAUCCUUUCUAGUUCUGUUUUGUUGCAGUUCUCAUUACUUUUCACCCAGCUACAAUAUUGAGAUCAGGCCCAGACUUUGCAGACUUCAUAGUCUUGUAUUGAAGAGUUUCGGGUUCAAGUUUCAAACCGAUCGGGUUAUCCGGUCCGGAGAUUUACUGGUUUGAGGCUGAAAAGUCCGAGUUAUUUUUAUGCUUUUCCGGUCAGACUCUGCGUAGAUUCAAGUAAAAACAUCCAUACUUGGAGCUUCCGCACAGUCUGAAAUUUAAGAAUAGUGGUACUACGGCAGUUGCACAAUUUUGGAAAAAGGAAAACGGAAUUCCAUACUGCUCUGCCAGAGAAGAUCAAAAGACCAGGUUUAUGCCAAAGAUUAGGCCUUUCCGGCCUUUUGAGGGCUCAGAAAUUGUGUUUUUUUAAGUUCUAAAAUGUAAAAACAGUGGCCAACAGUUGCACAACUCUCCAGUUCUUGCAGUUCGCGCGGAACAGUGAGCCCGCCGGCUCCACGAGAAGUCGGCGCUCAAAAGCGGCGCUACGAGGAGACUUCUUCGUCGCGUCAGUCGAGAAGCUCGCCGACGGACUCUAUCAAAUCGGCGGAACUGCAACGGAUCAGCCCUCCGGCUCCACCUCCACCUCCGCCACCGCCUCCACCGCCACCGGCACCGCCCGUCGAUGAGAAGAAAAUCAAAUUGCCGAUCGCCGAAAUGCUCAAGUAUUACGAUCCGGAGUCGGCGAACGAAACAUUGAAGCAGUUGGGACCGAACAACGAAGAGGAGCGACAUUUCAUUGUGAGUUUCGGCUUCUUCGAUAAAUUUAUCAUUUGCAAUGGGCCGGGCCGAAAUCCGGAAAAAGGCUAUUUUCUGGUUUCAACUAUCCUAAACUUACUUCACUAACUAUUGUUUUUCUUACUAAUCUCCUAAGGGAACACAGCAAAUGUAGGCUUUUCGGAAAGCUUGUGAAAUUCCGAGGGUACGCCUGUAAUUGUGCAUUUUCAGAUGCAAACGCGUCGCCACACGAUUCAUUUGGAGACGAGCCUGAUCGGAACGAUGCAGUUUCUCGAGCUGAACAAGAGAUAUCUGGACACGAGGUAUCAGAUGCGCGACAUACUCUCCAAAAGAAUGGAAGCCAUCGAUGUGGGUUUUGCUUCUUCUUCUUCUUUUUUCCAAAUGCCUCGUUCUGAGAAAACCACGCUUCUUUUCAAUGAGCUCCUUUGAGAACUGUGUAGUGUAGUCUCAGAACUUUUCUGUUUCCAUGCUAACAAGGGAACCUUUUAAGUGAUUAAAGGAACCGGCCUAAACUAACGACACAGUUCGAGAGAGGGACUUUCAAAACCUAUAUUCCAGUUUUCAAAAGCUGCUUUCGAGACCUCUGAAAUGCUGAAAUUCCAGUCCGAAGUUUGACAUUUCUUAACCAUAGAUUUCGCAUUUUGGUGGCGCGGCGACCCACUCUCACACCCUCGCCAUGCGCCACGAUUGUCACCGCCCGCAACACCCUACGAAAAUGUCGUCGAGUGGCGCAGGAGUUAACGGUGGGGAUGAGGGGAGUGUGGUCACGGGUUCGACUCCCUUGUUAUGCUUUUUUUCUUUUUUUCUUUCUUUUUUUCAUGUAUUUUUUUGACGAAAUUGUUUUUGAAAUGUUGAUUUUUUUGAAGAGAUUAAAGUGGCCAACUGAAGUUCCUCAUCGUGUAUGCGGAAAUUCUUCAUCAACACAUGAAUCUUUUUCGCGAUGUUUUUUUUCAGAACAGCAUUUGAGUGCAGUUGAUUCUUUGAUCCAUAACUCGAAGGGGAAUUUUUGUAGAGAAUAAUGCUCAACUACAAAGUUGAUCAGCAUGACAUUUGCUACAACUUUCCAGUUGACCACUUCUUUCUACAAUUUUUUGUUCUUGAGAUACAGACUGUUAAAGAUGGUAGUGCAAAAUCUUGCUGUAUCUCGCGAAUUGAAUGAGAUAUCAUAAAGUCGCCAACUAAAGAAACAUUACUGAAGACAUUUUCAAUACUUUUUUAGUUGACAACUUUUUUGAAAACUUGCUGAUUUUUGUGAUACGACCCACUUUUAAUCAACAGUCUGUAUCUCAAGAACAAAAAAUUGUAGAAAGAAGUGGUCAACUGGAAAGUUGUAGCAAAUGUCAUGCUGAUCAACUUUGUAGUUGAGCAUUAUUCUCUACAAAAAUUCCCCUUCGAGUUAUGGAUCAAAGAAUCAACUGCACUCAAAUGCUGUUCUGAAAAAAAACAUCGCGAAAAAGAUUCAUGUGUUGAUGAAGAAUUUCCGCAUACACGAUGAGGAACUUCAGUUGGCCACUUUAAUCUCUUCAAAAAUCAACAUUUCAAAACAAUUUCGUCAAAAAUACAUGAAAAAAGAAAGAAAAAAGAAAAAGCAUAACAAGGGAGUCGAACCCGUGACCACACUCCCCUCAUCCCCACCGUUAACUCCUGCGCCACUCGACGACAUUUUCGUAGGGUGUUGCGGGCGGUGACAAUCGUGGCGCAUGGCGAGGGUGUGAGAGUGGGUCGCCGCGCCACCAAAAUGCGAAAUCUAUGGUUAAGAAAUGUCAAACUUCGGACUGGAAUUUCAGCAUUUCAGAGGUCUCGAAAGCAGCUUUUGAAAACUGGAAUAUAGGUUUUGAAAGUCCCUCUCUCGAACUGUGUCGUUAGUUUAGGCCGGUUCCUUUAAUCACUUAAAAGGUUCCCUUGUAAGGGGAAUAGAGCCUACGCGCGCAGCAAAGGCCUGGGAGCUCAAGAGAAAAAUCUGGUCAACGAUAAAAAAACUGGGGACUUUGAAAGAGGCGAAAUGGUACUCGUUGGUAACAAUUUUGUGAUACGUUCGCAGUUUGAUAGUUAUCAUUCUGUGAAUUGCAGAGGUCGUUCGAGUUUUUUAGAGAGUGAGCCGCAUGAAAGAUCCAAGACAUUCUAGAAGAGGACGAUCAUAAAUAUUGUACAGUUUGAAAUGGAAACCAGGAGUGAAAGGCCUGUAGGGCCAGAUUAGCAACCGUUUUAGUACAAUUUUCUUUGCAGGACGUGAUCAAAAGACUGCAAGAGACGGCGGCGACGAAUCCGGUGAUUACCGUGGUCGAGACCGGGACCAACAACAAUUCGACGAUACAAAUUGCAGAUGUGGCUGGAAAUAACACGAAUAAUAAUCACAAUUCCUAG